UACAUCUAAGGGUAUUCCUGAAUAUAUAUUUCACUCCGAGGAGGUAAGUUGUGAUUUAGAGUUGUUGAAGACUACACCGCUAGUGCUGUCUGUCCUUUCUACCAGGUUUUAAGUGGUUGGACAAUAUGUUGAUGCAUACGUUGUUGAUGCUGGUGGGUGUUGGUAACGUGGUAUCACAAAGUAUUAAACUGGUUCCUGGACCAAGCGAAGGUCGUCUAGAGGUCAAUUAUAAUGGCACCUGGGGAACAGUUUGUCAAUCCAACUUUGCCAACCAAGCGUCUGCUGUUGUGUGCAGAUCUCUCAACCAGCCCGCAAAUCAUUCCUACUGGGUCUACGGUUCUGUGUAUGGAACAGCGCAAGUCAACCCCUUGCUGUCCUAUGUCUCCUGCACAGGUACCGAGAACUCAAUAUUUGACUGCAGUUUGACUCCAGCAGUUCCGAACAGCUCAUGCCGUAGCUCAUCAUAUAUUGUUUCAAUCAUUUGCACAAAUGAGAAAUUGCCAGUUGUGUUUAGAUAUGGAAGUACGUGGAUCAGUCCUCAACAAACAGUUGACAUAAUUGAGAAAGAGUAUGCCUACUGUUGCGCUGGAAACGGCACACAACCCAAGAGUGUAACUUGUGAUGUACGUCAAAAUGGCUACUCUGCGAGAUCAUCUUGUUGUAGAAGUAUGUCAACUUCUAGAAGAUCGUACGGAGGACAAGCAAACUGUUCUGUCAUACACUGGCAGUAUGAGGAAACGGCGUCCAUCUUCCUCAAUAUCUUAUACCCACCUGAGUCGUUCAUGACUUCUGACUUCAAGAUUCUAGAAUAUUCAUCCGUGAACGUGUCAUUGGUUAACCUGCCAAACCCUCUCCCGUACCUAACAACAUGACGUAAGGCCGGAACGAGGCUGACCUGGAAUCAAACCGAGGCAUACCGGAACUACAGAAACAUCAGUCGUUUGGACGGUGGCGAAUUCCUUGUGAACAUAACCCACAGAAUGGUUUCGUCAAGAGGGGUAGUCAGGGAAGCCUGGGGCCAGGAGCUGCUGCACAUUGACGUCCUCUAUAAACCCACUGUGUCCUGUCCUCGAGAGUAUGUAGUUAUCAAGGGGGAAAACAUCAACAUCUCAUGCAGCAUCGACUCCAACCCUGCCCCCCACCUGUAUAUCUGGACAAACUCAAGAGGUGAUAGUGUGCAGCAAGGGACACAACCCACCCUGACACUGACGGCUGUGGGACCUGGCACUACCGGGCGGUAUAAGUGUACAGCCAUCAACAAGAUGGAAAGUACAACCGGAGCAAAGGAGUCAGGAAUUGGAUUUGGAGAUGUUCUGGUCACUAUUGGAGAUCAGCCACAAGUCCUUCCAGGGGUCACGGGAACAGAGAGGAGCACGGAGACGAUGUCAACUAACACACCAUUACAAACAAGAGAUGACAAUACGUAUUUGUACAUACUUAUAGCAUUUGGAGUUGUCGCCCUUGUCGUAACAGUGGUCCUGGUUGUCGUCGUCAUCAGGAUGAGAAAGGCUUUGAAAGAGACGAAGGGGGAUGGCAUAAACAGGAGCGAGAUGACAGAGAGGGAGGGGCGUGUUCAGUACGCUGCUGAAUCAGACUACACAUCUUUGGAGCCGCCUGCAGAAGCAAAGUAUUGAACAAUCACCAUAUUGAACAUAUUUUGUUGUUUACCGCUGCACUCUGCUAUUUGACGGCGGUCUGUAAAAUAAUCGAGUUUGGACCACACAAACCAGUGAUUGACAUCAUGAGCAUCUAUCCACGCAAUUGAGAUACGGUGACACGUAUCAACCAAGUCAGCGAGCCUGACCGAUCCCGUAGUCCCCUCUUACAAGCAUACUCGCACUACAUGCUAUGUAACACGAGCCCCUUUCUUGUAAUGUUUCAAACAAAUGUAGGUUUGAUUACCGUUAAAUAGUUCUCCAUUGCAAGUAGCAGACCAACAUACAUCUAAUAACUCUUCCGUCUAUUACUUGUAAUCGUGAUCUAUCAAACAAUGUUCUUCCUCCUGCAGGGUAUUUUGGAAAUUUAACACAGUAUUUUCAUUCAUAGGAGCAUUUCGAAGAUACCGUCGUUCCGAAAUUUAUAUGUUGCUACUAUGAAUGAAAAUACUGAGUUGGCCUCAACGCACAUAUCUGAAUGAAAAGAACAGUAUCGUUGAUUUAUGAAGAAUACGUGAAAUGUAUAUUUUAACUUGAACUGUUGAACUUGAAAAUUAUUAGGUUACAAAAUAAUUACAUAUGUGUGUUCUGGUUUCACAUUCUUGGUCAAACCCAAGAAGAAAAUCAACCACUCUCAAAUUCACUACACCAAAUGAUUUCACGUACGUUAUGCUUAGGUUACCUAUAUGGCUUCUCUAGUGUCAUACAUUAUUGGGGUUUUCCAAAUAGAGAACAGAUUACAUAUUAAGACAAAAUUGUUAUGGAUGAGCAACAUCUUUAUUACAAUUGGGCGACGUUUCGGUGUAGAUUCUAACACCGUUAUCAAGCAAAUGAUGUACAAACUAGGUAUGAGCAUGAUAUAUAUGGUAGAAUGUACACCGAAACGUCGCCCAAUUGUAAUAAAGAAGUUGCUCAUCCAUAACAAUUUUGUCUUAGUUACCAUUCCAGAUUACAUAUUUCAUAGGUUUGCUGUUUAUCUUUUACGUAGCAUUUAUCAAUUCGCAGUCAACAAAGGACACUGUUGUUCCCUCAAAGCUUUUGCAAUGUGGACAAUGAAUUGAUAUCAUUAUUUUACCCUUUCUCUGUCCUUCCUAUAAUUUUAGAUGGACUGUUUCAAUGACAUCAUAUUUUCAUUUGUCGUUGUAACAUAGUUAUUAUGUGAUAUUUUGCAAUUCAUAUUAGCUUCUAACUAAUUAGUGUAGCAAACCUUGAAGACUUUAACAGCUGCUUCAAUAAUAUUUUGUAAUCAUGUUUCUUAUUGGUGAUAUUGUUUGUGUCAAUCAACGUUUUAAUUUUUUUUCUUUUUUUCAAACUUAGGAACAUUAUUCCGUGCUAAUUCCAUAGUACUACAUUCAAUGUGUUAUUCAAGAAUGGCUUUUUUAGUUUUCAAGACCAUUUAUUCGUACUAUCUGCUUUUAUUAUUCGUUUUUAUUCAUGAAAUAAAUUCACGGAAUAACACGUGCAAUGUCA